AUGGCGCAAAAAAUGGAGUUCUCAACAUUCAUUUUGCUAGUUUUCUUCGUCAUUUCGACUUUCUUCAGAAAUUCCAUGGCCAACGUAUACGAUGUUGGUGGAUCAGAUGAAGGUUGGGGCCCCCGUGUCCGUGAAUGGGCUUCUUCUGGUAGAACCUUUGAAGUAGGCGACGUUCUCAAUUUUAACUACGAUUCAAGCAAAGACAGCGUGUUACAAGUAGGGAGUCUACAAGAUUACGAUUUGUGCUUUUCAUUAAGGCCAGUGGCCACAUACAAAAGUGGAAGAGACACCAUCACUCUAAGCACUCCGGGAGACCUUUACUUCAUCAGUGGAAACCCACAGAAAUGUAUUGCCGGAGAGAAAAUUCACGUCAAAGUGAAUGAUGAUGGCAAUGAUGGUGGUGAUCGAGGUCGUUCGCCGUACCCGUUCAGCCCUUACAACCCGAGUGGAUACCCGAUUACCAGCAGCAGUUCUUCUUCUUUUAAGUGUUUGGCCAUCUUUACCAUGAUUGGGAUGAUACUUGGUUAUUCGUUUUUCUGA